AUUCCUGUUAAAAAUUGAUAGACAUAUUUUGCUUGAAAAGUUCAGUCAUCCGCUUCUGCAAGAACUUUGAGAAAGUGAACAGCAGCUGCAGCUACAGAUAAUAAAGUCAUGGAAAAAGUGGAGCUGAGUGAUCCUCCCUCUGGAUUGGAGAAUGAGUUUAAUACCUUGCUUACACCAGGUGCCAUUCAGUUUCUCGAAGAACUUACCAGCAGUUUUAAUAAAGAUGUUGAUACGAUUUUAUGGCAUCGAACUGCCCGGAAAGUCCAAAUUGACCUCACUAACAGCUUUCCUGAUUUUGCAUCUGCCAAUGCACAUAUAAGGAAUGAUCCCAGCUGGAAAGUAUCCCCUGUUCCCAGAAGGCUACAGAACAGACAUGUGGAUAUAGGGGAUACUGCCCCUUGCAAUACUGAACGUUUUCACAGAGCAUUACUUUCAUCUGCACAAGGCAUUCAGGUGGACUUUGAUGAUGGCAAUUGUCCAACAUUUUUUAAUCAAAUCAAAGGCAUCUUCAACAUUUACCAGGUUGUUCACAAUAAAGUUUCAGGUAUACCCCCAAUUUCUAAAGUCCCUGUGUUGAUGCUUAGACCGAGAGCAUGGAAUAUGGUGGAACACAACAUGAUGAUACAUGGCAGAGAAGUACCAGGACCCCUGUUUGAUUACGGUUUGCUGAUGUACCAUACUGGAAGAAUGCUUUACGAAAGUGAGAGUGGCCCAUUUUUCUACUUAUCAAAGGUGGAAAGCUCUCUAGAGGCCAAGCUUUGGAACGAUAUCUUUGUUUGGACAGAGAAGAAAUUGAAUUUACCAAUUGGAAGUAUUAAAGCUACAGUAUUAAUAGAGAGUGUGCUGGCUUCGUUCGAAAUGGACGAAAUCCUGUAUGAACUAAAAGAACAUUCUGCUGGCCUGAACUGUGGGAUCUGGGAUUACGCAGCCUCCUUUGUCAAUAAAUUUGGGCACAGACAGGAGUUUUUACUGCCAGAUAGAAGUAAAUAUGUGAAUAUGGAGAAGCUUUUCCUUAAAAGUUACAUGGAUUUGUUGGUACAGACUUGUCAUCGCAGAGGAGCUCUGGCUACAGGAGGAAUGGCUGCACUUUUACUGCCAGAAAACCGAGCAAGCCAAGAGUACCAGAAUGUCAUUGAAGCCGUCACACGGUUAAAGUUGUUUGAAAUCGAGGCUGGAGUAGAUGGAUUCAUGGUAUAUGAUAUUGACUUGGUAGCACCAAUGCAGAAGCUUUUCCAGACGCAAUUAGAAGGCCCCAACCAGUUACAUGUCAUUCCAGAUAUUUCUGUGUCACAGUCUGACUUGCUCACAAUGCCUGCAGGAGGUGUCACACUUUAUGGCUUGAAGUAUAACAUUGCUGUUGGAAUUCAAUUCAUUGACGCCUGGUUCAAAGGAGAAGGACAUUUCUUUUACUGUGGGAAAGUGGAGGAUUCGGCCACUGCAGAGAUUUCACGAUCUCAGGUCUGGCAAUGGAUCAGGCACCAAGUCAGGUUAGAGGAAGAUAAUCGCACUGUCACGCGUAACCUGGUGCAGUUCCUGGUGAAGGAAGCAGAGAGUGAGCUGGCUACAGAGUUGGGCCUCUCUCACACGGAGAAGCAGAGGCUUCAUGUAGCUGCUGAGAUAUUUCUUGAAAUUGUUGUAAAAAGGGAUUUUCCUGAAUUCAUCACUACGUACCUGAACCUGGAUCACACAUUUCUUGGAGGUGCCAUGUGAUAAUGGAAAUUCUUACUUUACAUGUAUAGUCUUUAAUUAGUGGUAUGGCUACCAUGAAAAUCAGAAUUCUGGAAAAACUGUGGCUAAUAAACCAUUAUGUUAAUA